UAAAAGCCAAGGAGGGCCCUGGCCAUGCUCCCUUUGGUGGAGAAGCUGUUGGGAAUUACAUGCUCUAGGGCUACAGGAAGCUUUCCCUCCCACCUCCCUGCUGCAGUCACCUUCACUGCUUAACAUCCAAGAACACCAGCAGCACAGGGAAUGUUCAACUACCUCCGGAAACGCUUUGCCAGCCACAUCACAGAACGAAGCCGGAGAAAAGCAAGGCUUGUUUCUAAAGAUGGAAGGUGCAACAUAGAGUUUGGUAACGUACAGCAGUCAAGGUUUGUCUUUUUGAUUGAUAUAUGGACAACUGUCCUGGAUUUGAGAUGGAGAUACAAAAUGACUAUCUUCAUUUCAGCAUUCUUAGGCAGCUGGUUUCUGUUUGGUCUCCUCUGGUACGUUGUGGCCUACAUACACAAAGACCUGCCAGAAUUCAAUCCUUCCAUAAAUCACACCCCUUGUGUUGAGAAUAUCAACGGUCUGACUUCAGCUUUCCUGUUCUCCUUGGAGACACAGGUCACUAUUGGCUAUGGCUUCAGAUGUGUCACAGAACAAUGUGUCACUGCCAUUUUCCUGCUCAUCUUCCAGUCUAUCUUGGGGGUCAUCAUCAAUUCUUUCAUGUGCGGUGCCAUCUUGGCCAAGAUUUCAAGGUCCAAGAACAGGGCCAAGACCAUCACCUUCAGCAGGAAUGCUGUCAUCAGCAAACGUGGUGGGAAGCUCUGCCUCCUCAUCAGGGUGGCAAACCUCAGGAAGAGCCUUCUCAUCGGGAGUCACAUCUAUGGCAAACUCUUGAAGACCACCAUCACCCCAGAAGGAGAGACAAUCAUUCUGGACCAGGUCAACAUAGAGUUUAUCGUUGAUGCUGGCAACGAAAAUCUCUUCUUCAUUUCUCCAUUGACUAUUUACCACAUCAUAGACAAGAACAGCCCUUUCUUCCACAUGGCAGCAGAAACAAUUCUGCAGCAAGAUUUUGAACUGGUGGUGUUUUUAGAUGGCACCGUUGAAGCCACCAGUGCUACCUGCCAAGUGAGGACAUCUUACAUCCCAGAAGAGGUGCUCUGGGGUUAUCGCUUCGCUCCCAUUGUGUCCAAGACCAAAGAAGGGAAAUACAGAGUAGACUUCCAGAACUUCAGCAAGACAGUGGCAGUGGAGAUGCCCCACUGUGCCUUCUGCCUCUACAAUGAGAAAGAAGCUAAAGCCAAAGAGAAGAAAGGCUUUGACAACCCUGGUUUUGUCUUGGCAGAAGUUAGUGAAGCCAGUGACACAAAAAUGUAGCUCCAAAUCUUUAUCAGACUGCACCUUUCUGCAUAGUUAAAUCAAUCUUGAGAGGAUUAAUAACUUAGUAAAACCAAUAACAGGUUUGUUUUAACUCUACAGCAGCAUCUUAUCUUCUCAAAAGCCUCAAAUCAGAGAGGACCAGCAUACCAGUGAUCACAGAACACUAUUUAACAUGCUAUGUAUUUCAUAGAAUUUAUAUUUUUAUAUCUGUGGGACAUUUUAUGAGGCUGCUAAGUUGGAGCAUCCAACUCACUUGAGCUCCUGAAGGCACAUCAGUCUUACAAAGCCUGGAAAGAGAAACUUUAAGUCACUCUUAAGGAGUAAAGCUAUGAGAACAUGAGCAUGAGAAGGACAGACAGAAGGCCAAAAUUCUCCAUAAGGACCAAAGGGACUUAAAAGUCAAAACCUCACCAGAAAUGCAUGUCUCUCAUUGCCAAAACCCUCUAUGGAUGCAGACCCUUCGGCUCCAAACCUUUUGAACACUUUUGAACACUUUUGAACAUCUUGAAACAAUUCUUUCUUAUUUUGAGCUGUCAUAUGAAUAGAAAUGGAGCAUUAAGGGAUGGUACAUGUCUAGGAAGGGAUUUUGAAGGCAGAGCCUAUGCCAUCCUGCUGCAACUUCAACGUCAUAAAGAGUUCUCUUCUGUGAAAGCUUUUGAUUCCUUGAGGGAAAAUACCAAAUGGAAAUGGAAAGCAAAAACAAGCACAAGCAGACACCUGUCAUGAGAGACAAGGAACAUUGCAGAUUGCUCUUAGUUGUCUCACCCUCCUGAUACCCCUCUGUCCACUUCUGCCAGGAGGCAGCAGCUGUGAUACUGAGAAAUCUCAGAAGGCAACAGGCCAGUGGAACAGCAAGCACUGCAGGGAGGUGAGGAACACCCAGACUGCAGCACAUCUGGUGGGAGAGCAAUUCUCUGGGAGAAGAGAGGAACUUCCCAGCACGAGAUGCAUCUUUGGAACAGCCCACAGCACAAACACCAACAGGCCUUUCUUUGAAGCUAUGACAAAAGCAUGGUGAAAUGCUGUAACACAACAGAUCCUGCAGUAAUGACAGCAUAAUAGCAAAGUCUUGGGCUGCAGCAAGGGAGGAUGUGCUCAAAACAACAGCUGUGGGCACAGAGAUAAAGGAAAGAAACUGCUCACCCUCGGAAGGCCUCAGGUAGGGAGGGAUCUCCAGCAGAAUCCCCUCACCUCCAGUGCCAACCCUUAAAUGAGGGCUGGGAAGGGGUGGAUCCUGGCUGCAGCCCUUCCAUCACUCAGUGCAUUGCAUGCACCUGAGCUGCCCUGUGCUGGCCCUGCCUUCCCACCAGGUGCUCCAUCCCUGCUUCGGGCUGUGCCUCAGCAUUGCCAUUACACACAGCAGUGAUGCUCAGGAGCCCCCAGAAAAAUUCUUCACAUCCAGUUUCAUAUGGUUCACCUCACCAAAACAAAACAUGCAUUUCUACAGCAGACAAGUUCUGCUCAUUGUUAACUAGGAGUACAUUUUCCUGCUUUGAUUUUUGGCAUUUAGGUUUCAAAUGCAGCAAAAGCCUUCAAUAACUUUUUGGUGACUUCCAUCCAUAUCCUCACAAUCUGAUAUUUUUGGUCUCCUGAUGCCCCCAAAAAGUUCUUUUGGUGAGAGUUCAGGUGAUCGGACCAGAGCGAGAGAUUUUCUGGGAACUCUUCUCAGUGAUGUAAAUCAGACCAUCUAUUUUAAACACUGGUAAAACAGAUGUGUCUUUUUAAAUGCAGGAUCGAGGGGUUGUAAAAGAAAGGCACAACCAAGUGGUCAAAUAACCACAACAGCAUUGUGAGUGGACUGAGUGUAGCAAUAGAGAUCUGGGAGCCAAGGGAGUUCAGCCCCAGUGGAGCAUCGGCCCCUCUGGUGGUUCAGAACAAAUCACUCUGGCAUGGAUUUCCAAUUUGCCAUCUGUAAGAUGGGACGUGAGGUUCUCACUCUGUACAAAGAAUAAUGUUAAGAACAGUGAUGUCACUAAAGCACUUUAAAAGCCACUUCUCAGCCGUCUCAGUCUUUCUUCUGCACAUCGUUGUUAAAUCCCUCUUCACUUUGGACGAGCAGCACAGAAAGUUCUGUCCUCAUCACCUAUCAGAACUACUGCCUGUGGCUGCAUGGCAAGGUGGAACUGCCAGCACAAAUCCUCAGAGUCACUAACAGACAUUGCCCAAAUCCUUAAGAGUGGGGAUUCUGCAGUCCUGCAAACAUUGCCAGCAGUAAAAACGUUUUACAGUCACAAUCAAUGCAGCACCUGUGGCUCUCAACACAAAGGCAGCUGCUGCCCACUGCCCUGCCCGGCACACAACAGUGCCCAAGUAAGAAUGCAGUCUUUAUUAAGGUCCAAUCCACCUCUGCAAGGAAACGAUAGGAAAGAAUCCUGUUUUCGUUCAUGAAAGUUAGCCUGGGACGUAAAUGAGGAGAAAAGUCACCAAACACUCAAGUGCCGACCCAAGAGGCAGCGUGCAUCCUCCACACUGCAAGGGGUCUCCAAACAAUGCACCUCCAGGCACUGCCCUCGGGAAGCCGUCUCAAAACUCUGAGCCUCAAGUUUGUCAGGAUGCUGCUCUCUGUGUUUUUGUUCCCUGAGUUGUUACUCAGUGUUGUAACACUGUAAUGCAAUGGAAAGUGCAACAGUGACAAUGUAGUAGCAAAGCCUCAGGAUACAGCAAGCCAGGAGUUGCUUAAAUACAACAGCUAUAGGCACACAGGCACAAAAAAAGAAGCUGCGAAGCUUUUUACCUUUGGAAGGCCUCAGGUACACAAGAAUGCCCAAUAAAACUCCCUCACUUCCAGUGCCAACCCUUAAAUGAGGGCUGGGAAGGGGUGGAUCCUGGCUGCAGCCCUUCCAUCACUCAGUGCAUUGCAUGCACCUGAGCUGCCCUGUGCUGGCCCUGCCUUCCCACCAGGUGCUUCAUCCCUGCUUCAGGCUGUGCCUCAGCAUUGCUACUACAGAUGUCUACAAAGCAUUAAGUGCUACCACAACUCAAACAGAAGACAGCUGAUCUCACUUGAAAGAUAAUAAUCUGUUGUUUAGUCUAUUCUGACAGUCACACCUUCCUCAAUUUCUAGCCUUGCUGCCUGCACUAACAGAGGGGAGAUGGUUGCAUUCUUUCAUUUUAACACGACAGAGGGGGAACUGGCCAUGGCAUGAACUGGGGCAGACCCCAGGCUGGCAGGGCCGUGGCUGAGCAAAGCUCUCAUGGAUGGGGAUUGUAGGCAACCAAAAUGAGGACCCAGGAAAGGAGCCGUCCUCCCUCUGGCCGCCACCCAGGGAGCGCAGAGCCUGGAGCAGUGGGGGAUUUCCUCUUCAUGUCUAGAGAGAGCUGUGUGUCACUUGAGAGAUAAAGGCCCAUGGCAGGGAAAAAAGGUUAUCGGAGACACUCUGCAUGCAGUGCCGUUCAGGACAGACUCCAUAGGAAAUCUAUUUUGGGAGCUGUCACCUCUACUUCCAUUAAAAGAAAGUUCAGUUAAGAGGAUGAAAAUAAAUUUAAUCUUGCUGAGCAGAAGUGGCUCUGGAGGGAACUGCUGCCCUGAUACUGGAAAAAAGCCAGGUUUCCUUGCCUGUGACAACGCUUCGUUGUCACAUCUCCACAGCACUCUUUUCUAAACCCUCAUGGUUCUCUUCUCCCUCCAUUUGUCCACCCAGCCUGCACUCUGUCCAUCCGGUGGCAGAAACAACUGCAGAAUACAAUGCAGAGGCCAUCAGCCUCAUUGGUACAGAGCAAAGCCAUCUCUUCAGGGGAGGAAAUCAGACCAUGUACUUACUGCUGAAUGAAGGCCAAGAGGGCUUAGCUGUGAAAGCAUUAGCCAAGCAACAAAGCUUGGGAAUAAUGUGUCUGCACUAAACUUAAUUUAUCUUCUCAUUUCACAAACAACAUGUUUCUUCUACUGUAUUUAUUUUAAACAUUCGUUCAAGCUGUGCAUAAUAUUUCAAUCAUUUUGAAAUAGAUUCACCCUCCUGCUGGCAAAUGAAUAAGGCGUCCUGCUGGCUGCUGGAGAAAGGGCCGUGAAUUAAAAUAACUGCUUUCAGUAAACAUGUGCUAUGAGCUGUCUGCACACACCCCUUGGUAGCGAUGGGUGAGAAGAAACUCCUAAAUAACAACAAUAAAACAAACCUUGGCAAACCGUUUGGAUACACAGACCGAUUCGCACUGCGGUGAUGUGGCACAGCAAACUCACAGCAUCACCCUUGUGUGUGUGUGCUGCCUUGUAAACCCAGCUACUCCCCCAUAAACAAGUCAGCAGCACGCACAGCCCCAGCGCAAAUGAGAGUGGCUGAGGUGUCGCAGCCUCCUUCCUCUCCCCAGGCAGCAAGCUGAUGUGGUUACACACAUGUGGAUUCUGCUGGAAAGAGCUUUUAUUUCCCUCUCUCAUUCUUUGCCCCCUUUGAUCUGGCAGUGCCUGGAACCGUCACAGUGCUGGUGCAGUUCUUGCUCCCCACACAAACAGAGGGAAACCACAGCCCAUGAGUCCUGCCAGCACAGGGAUGGGGGAAACGGGGUGAGUUCCCAACCCUCCAUUGAAUCUGCGCCUACAGCUUGAUGCUGUGGAGCUGCUGUGACAGCACUGACAUCAACCCUGAAUCAAAUACAGCCUGCAAUACACUGCAACUGCAGAGAGGAAGCCGAAAGCAUUCUCUGCACAGCUGUGAGAGCACACAAUGUGUUUUUCGAGGCCAAGCUGACAUUCCUGUGGUGGAAGCAUCUGCCUGGCAAAGCUUACAACUUGCACAAACUGCUGCACGAGCAAGACAUAAACCCUCCCUGCUCCAGGGAGCCGGGUGAGCGAGGGGAGGCUGGAAACGGGAAAAUCUCAUUGCAUCUCCACCCGCGGGCUGCUAGAAAACAUUGAAUCCCUCGCGCUCUGCGUAACGCACCCCGCUCCAGGCCCGCAGUUCCCAGCGCCGCACAGCUGCGGGACCGCCGCUGCAUUCUGCGUCGCGGCCGCUGGGGGGCGCCACUGCUCCGCGACGGACGGCGGCCGCAGCUCCGCUCCUCCCCGCGCUGCCGCGGCGGAUCUUAAGAGCGCGAAGCAAGAAUUCAUUGGAAGCGUUCCUCUUUUUGCUACACAGAGCGUAGCGCAUGUAGUGACUUAUUUGGGCACGAGCUCUGAGAGCGGGGCAUAUUUAGCCGCUUCGCAGGAGCGUCAGUAGACCUCAUUCCCUGCCGUGAGCGCAGAGGUGGUACCGAAGGCAAGACGGGGCGGGGAUCUGGGGGCUGCUCCCCGCUAAGAACGACUAGCAGCCAGGCAGGUCGGCCCGGGGCUGCACUUCGGGGCUGCGGCUGUGCCUCUCCGCGCGGCCUCUCCGCUUCGGGAGCGCUCCCGGUUUCACUGCGGAGCCGCCGCAAGGCGCGGAUGUUGCGCUGUGCCGCGUGAGGGCGCCCAGGGCAGCGCCGCUCUCCCCCGCGCAGACACCGCCGAAGCCGCCCGCCCGCCCUCCGCUCCCACGCGCGGAGCUCUCUCGGCCCGACGUGGCUCCCGCGGGGCUCAGCCCCAGCUCACCCCACUCGGCAGCUGCUCGGGGCACACGAGGGCAGCGGGCGCUCGGCGGGCUCUCACGGACGGCAGCCGGCUGUGCGCGGCCGCUCCCACGGCGGAGCCGACCGUUAACGGUUCCUCCCCACAGCGGCGGCCUCGAGCCGCUCUCGCGCGGCCCCUCCGCCUCGUGCUGCGCUGCUGCGCGCUCCCGAGGCGCGAGACCUGAGCGCGGCUCCGCACCGCUGCAGCUCCGCAGCUUCGAGCGCCGAAGAUGAGCUCCGAUUUCCCUGGGAGCGGUGCUUCCUGCCUGGCUCUGGGUUUUGAAGUUCCGUGCAGAGUUUCUGCCGUCCCGGUUGCCUUAUGGUCGUGCGAUUCCAACCAUCUGUUUUGUAAACUUUCUGAUCGAAGCCCGAAAUACUUGAAUUCCAUCGGCCGUGUCCUCCCGGGAAAAGCAGAAAGUGCUUUCGGUGCCAUCGCAUCCCUGGUUUAUUCUGCCCCUGUUGGUGCUGGAGGGGAGAUUCCCUGCUAUCGUCCCUCGAGCUUCCAGCACGGCGCUCAGCCUGCUGGCCGGGGAUGCGCACGGAUCACCGCGCUCCCUUUCUUAUCCUUUGUUCUCCACCUGAGCAUUGCAAACUAUUCAGAUCUUAUGAAAAUGCUGACAGGUGCCCGGCUAGAAUCCGACCACUGUCAGCCUGGCACUGGUGUGAGAUCUUUGAGCUCCCAGAUCUCUUCGUAAGACCUCUCUCUUUUAUGAGAAUGCAGCCUGCAGUGGGCAGCGAACUCUGCCUAAUUCUAAAUAGGAGAAAAUACCAGCAAAGAUUGGUAUCAGUCACAGGGGAUGAGAAGAGACCAAAAGAAGCUGAGCUGUGGGCACCACAGAUCGCCUUCCAUCUCUCAAGCUGAGCUCCUUUAAGGUGCUGCAAGUUGAGCAGUCAGAAAGAUACUGCUCCAAUGGUCGUUUUUAGAAGCCUUUUUCUUUUUUCUAAGGAUGCUGCUGGCCAAAUGCUGCCGGCAAAGACACUGUUACACUCUGAUAGCCUCCACAUUCUGCCCUUAGGUAUUUUUGGUGCAAACUCAGUCUUCAGUUUUCCCAUUGCUUUCAGCUGGGCAGGUACGUUGUAUUAGAAGAAAGCACUUGAUAUUUCUACUGAUGAAUGCGGGUUGAGCUGAAGUGAAAAACAAUAGAGAUAAGCAACAAAACAUUCACUCUUAUGACUCAGUUGAGCAAGUAUGGCUGAAUACACAAAGGAACAGCUCUGUGGUGGCUGAACAACCGCUUAACACGGCUCUUUUUCAGAGCUGCUGCUAAUCAAGCUGGUGAAAGCCAUUGUAGCAGAAACUUAGCAACAAAAGGCUGUGUGUGGAGGAAGGAAAUGGUGUGCUUGUGCAGUUAUGUAUUUCCAAGGGUUUAUCAAAUCUGCAGAAAGAUCAAGCUAUCUCUGAGGACCACCGUGGGUCUGAAAAAAUACAGGAAGUGCCUUUGCCUGACCUUUAGACACAGUCAGAUGAUUCCUUGGCAGUGCUUGUUUUUGCAGCCUCCCGCUCCACCUCAGCAACGCUUCAGAGCACUGCAUUUCCCUGGGCCUGGGGACAGGUGAGAAACACGAGCAGCCUGGCAGGCUGGUAGCACACACUGCACUGUAUGUGGCUGCUGGGCACCCUGAGGAGCAAAGAGCAGAGAUGCUGUCAGCUGGCUCUGGCUGUGUGUCCCAGUGCUCAGCACAGGGCUGUGAUGCAGCUGCUGUGGCACAGUGUGGAUCUGCUCCAGCUCUGUGCUGCCCUCGUGCCACACACUGCACCUCGUGCCUCGCCUGUUCUGUCAUUUCUCUCUCUCCCCCUCUCCACACGGACAAAAGAUGGAGCCUGUGUUUCUGAUUGCUUCAGUCUCUAAAUUAGAUCCAAUGAAUGCUGGCUCCAGACACGCCAGUUUUCUGGAACAAGAGGUCAAUAUUACUUUACAGAGCCAAGGAUGGUGAUCGCUGCUACUAUGGAGAUUUCUUGGUUUUCUUUUAGCUGGAUGUAAUUUAGAUGCACGUUGAUGCUCUGUCAGCAGCUGUGAGAGAGGAGGGAGAGAGUGGGACAAGAUGAUGCCUUUGAGAAGAAAACCACCAUUUAUUUUGCCACAUUUUUUACAUCAUCUUCUUCAUACAGCUAUUUCAUCGUAACACUUCAUACAUUUUUUAAAAAACACCAAGAUUACUUGCAAAAUUAUAUAUAUUUUAAUAUCCAAAAAGUACAUUGCAUAUAUAUAGUAGCAAAAGCCCCGUUCCCACGGGUAAUUUCUUCAUCGUUAAGAUCUGCGAUUAUUGCGGUAACGUUGCUUAUAAACAUCCCAAAAGCACUCAGACCCGAACGGAUCAGCUCCUUAUUUCUCCUUUCUGUUAAAUAACGGCAUCAGUGCUUCUGGUUAAAGUUAUGAGCAGACUAUAAUGUUCUGGAUUCAGGCUCUCAUCCUGCAAUCGGAUGCACAUGGACCAAAUCUUGCACCCACAGAGUCCCGGAGGUUUUGUCUAGACGAGAUAUUUCUGAUCCUGUUAAUUGUUUGCCAAUUAAUACAAGUUAGCUAACAGGCUGUACAUGUAGGCCUGAUCCCCCUAUAGACAUCUGUUCUGAAACAGAACUGUUUGUGGUUUACCCUUCUGUUUAUGGCACCAAACCACCGUUUGCGGAUCAUCAAAUCAGCACAUGCAAAAUUAGAGGUGGUAGAAAAGCGACCGGUGUUUGAAAUGGAAACGGAACGCCGUGCCUAAAGAUGUGCUGGGAAGCAUUUGAUAAUUUUCUCUGCCAAGUGGAUGAAAAGUUUUCCAAAGUUCAAGAUUUUGGUGAAAAAUAAUCACAAAAAACUGAAGCAGUCGCUUUAAAGUUGCAAGGAAUGUUUUCAAUCAGCUUCAAGAGAAACAUGUUAGCUAAAUGGAGUUAAUUUGCAAACAACUACGACAAGCUAAUGAAAGAAAAACAUCUACCCUAGACAGACUCAGGAAAUCUGGGAGGUUUCUGGCCAGUUUGGGGACCAUUCUGAAUCCCAUUGCAGGACCUAGGCUAUCUCCAACAGAUACAUUACUCACGUCUUAUUUCUUUAUUCUUUUUUUAGCGAAAAGUACAAAGCUACAGCCCAAAUGUACAGAUUGGAAAGAUGUACAAAUUACAUUAAAAAAAAAAACAAAACAACCCACAAACAA